CUUUUACAACGAUUAAAAUAGCUAGGAACUAGGGAGAGCCGAAUUAAAAUGCCACUACAAGGGGUGCAACUCAUUAUUCAAGAAAAUCAUGUGAUGAUGGAUAAUGGACUCUUGCAAGUUACACUAUCAAAUCCAGAAGGAAUCGUAACUGGCAUACAAUAUAAUGGCAUUGAUAAUUUGCUUGAAGUUCUUAAUGAUGAAUCUAAUAGAGGGUACUGGGACCUUGUUUGGAGCACACCGGGAAGCACAGGAACAGCUGGCAUUUUUGACGUGAUCAAAGGAACAAGUUUUGAAGUUAUAGUGGAAACAGAAGAACAAGUAGAGCUCUCAUUUUCACGAUCAUGGGAUUCUUCUUUAGAGGGCAAGCUCGUUCCUUUAAACAUAGACAAACGGUUUGUAAUGCUUCGUGGAUCAUCUGGAUUCUACUCAUAUGCUAUAUAUGAGCAUUUGAAAGAAUGGCCUGGCUUCAAUCUUGCAGAGACCAGAAUUGCAUUCAAGCUUAGAAAAGACAAGUUUCAUUACAUGGCAGUAGCAGAUGAUAGACAAAGAUAUAUGCCCUUACCUGAUGACCGUUUGCAGCCAAGAGGCCAAGCCUUGGCCUAUCCUGAGGCAGUCCUGCUUGUCAAUCCUGUCGAGCCCGAACUUAAAGGAGAGGUGGAUGAUAAAUACCAAUAUUCAUGUGAGAAUAAAGACAUAAAGGUACAUGGUUGGAUUUGCAUGGACCCACCUGUGGGGUUCUGGCAAAUCACACCCAGCCACGAGUUUCGAUCUGGUGGACCCCAGAAGCAGAACUUGACCUCUCAUGUUGGCCCCACCACCCUCUCUGUUUUUCUGAGUGCUCAUUAUAGUGGGGAAGAUUUAGUACCAAAAUUUGCAGCAGGAGAGGCUUGGAAGAAAGUGUUUGGCCCUGUUUUUGUGUAUUUAAAUUCCGCCAUUCUUGAAGAUGAUCAGCUUUCUCUCUGGGAGGAUGCUAAAGAGCAGAUGCAGAUUGAGGUACAAAGCUGGCCGUACUGUUUUCCAGCUUCACAAGAUUAUCAAAACUCAGAGCAACGAGGCGAUCUCAGCGGUAGAUUACUUGUCAAAGACAGGUUUGUUAGUGAUGAUUAUAUACCUGCAAAUGGUGCUUAUGUUGGAUUAGCCCCACCGGGUGAUGUUGGAUCAUGGCAAAGGGAAUGCAAGGAUUAUCAGUUCUGGAGUAAAGCAGAUGAGAAUGGCUAUUUUUCAAUUAAUGAUAUACGUACUGGAAACUAUAAUCUAUAUGCAUGGGUUCCUGGUUUUAUUGGUGAUUACAAGUAUGAUGUUGCCAUAAACAUCACUUCAGGUUGUGAAAUUGAUGUGGGUGAUGUUGUGUAUGAGCCUCCAAGAAAUGGGCCAACAUUGUGGGAAAUAGGAAUUCCUGAUCGUUCUGCUGCUGAAUUUUAUGUUCCUGAUCCUAAUCCGACAUACAUUAAUAAACUCUAUGUCAAUCAUCCUGACAGGUUUAGGCAAUACGGACUGUGGGAAAGAUAUGCUGAAUUAUAUCCCGAUGGAGACUUAAUUUACACUGUUGGCGUCAGUGAUUAUAGAACAGAUUGGUUUUUUGCUCAAGUUAACAGGAAGAAAAAUGACAAUACAUACCAGAGAACGACAUGGCAAAUCAAGUUCAAACUAGAUAAUCUCGACAAAAAUGGCAUUUACAAACUCCGAAUUGCAAUUGCAUCAGCUACUCUUGCUGAAUUACAGGUUCGAAUGAACGAUCCAAAAUCAAAUAUAAUAUUUGCAAGUGGGAUGAUUGGGAAAGAUAACUCAAUAGCAAGACAUGGAAUUCAUGGACUCUACUGGCUCUACAAUGUAGACGUAGCAGGUGCUCGACUUGUUCAAGGGGAUAAUACCGUCUUUUUGACGCAGCCAAGAAGUAUUAGCCCUUUUCAGGGGAUUAUGUAUGAUUACAUCCGUUUAGAAGGGCCUCCUCUUUCUACUCCUUAGAAUCAAACUUUUAGCUCACUCUACUCCUUUAUUACUAACAUUGUUUAUCCCAUUGAAUUAUUCUUUUAUUGUACAGUUAACCAUGCUUUAUUUUUUGAAAAUAACAUACAAAAACUAUUGGUAA